GGUCUUGAAAAUAAUAAGCCUGAAUAAUUGACCUUCUUAUAGAAAUGUGUAACAUUUAUUUGGUUUUUUAUUGAAUAAUUGGCGUUGUGCUGUGAAAAAAUAAACGGAGGAAACUGAUAAACGUAUCGUUAUCGUGAGGCAACCGAACUUUAGCCUUCGAGUCUCAUUAAAGUUCGUUCAGAAACUUUCGUUUGAUAAAGAAAAUUUGUACGUAUGCUAAAUAUAAAAAUUUGACUAGUCUAGACAUUUCAUCGUGCCGUUUUUUAAUCAGAGUGUUCGAGAAUAUUAUGUAAAUCUGUUUAUAAUAGUGAGAAAAAUGUCAGCUUCGAAAAUAAUUUUACCCACACUUCGGUCCAAGCUACGACUUUUCACGAAGCGUGGUUAUUCCACACAGACAUUUCCAAAAAUCACGACCCACUACACGGUGGUACCCAGGGAGGGCGACCCAAGGUGGAAAGAUGUAAACAUGGAAAGAUACGUAGACGAGGUUGAUGUGGUUGUUGUUGGAGGCGGUCCAGCAGGUAUGGCCGCAGCAAUAAAGUUAAAACAACUAGCAUCGAGUUCGGAAAAAGAGUUGAGGGUCUGCCUCGUUGAAAAAGCUGCUCAAUUGGGAGGCCACACUCUUUCUGGUGCGGUCAUCGAUCCAGUCGCUCUAAAUGAACUCAUCCCGGAUUGGAACGAGAAAGGGGCGCCAUUGAACACUCCAGUCAAAACCGACGUUUUCUCCUUUCUUACAGAAACAUCUCGACUUCCGAUACCGAUAUUCAAAGGAAUGCCGAUGGACAAUCAUGGAAAUUAUGUCGUCAGACUCGGCCAUGUUGUCGCUUGGUUGGGCGAACAAGCGGAGGCUCUCGGUGUCGAACUCUACCCUGGGUAUGCAGCCGCCGAAGUCCUCUAUCAUGAGGACGGCUCUGUAAAAGGCGUUGCUACAAACGAUGUAGGAAUUGCGAAAGACGGUUCUCCGAAAGAAGUCUUUGAACGGGGCAUGGAGCUUCAUGCCAAAGUCACAAUUUUUGCGGAAGGUUGCCAUGGACAUUUGACAAAAGGUUUAUUUAAUAAAUUCAAACUCAGGGAAAACUGUGAGCCUCAGUCGUAUGGUUUGGGUGUGAAAGAAAUUUGGGAAAUAAAACCAGAGUUACACAAUCCAGGAAGAGUGGAACACACAGUUGGAUGGCCCCUUGAUAAAAGUACAUAUGGAGGUUCAUUUCUAUAUCAUUUAAAUGAAUCUUCACCUUUAAUAGCGGUUGGUAUGGUUAUUGGUUUAGAUUACAGUAAUCCUUACUUAAGUCCAUUUAGAGAGUUCCAGAAGUUUAAACAUCAUCCAUUUAUUAAAAAGACAUUAGAGGGUGGUAAAAGGAUUGCUUAUGGAGGACGGGCGCUAAAUGAAGGUGGCUUCCAGAGCAUUCCUAAGCUCACUUUUCCAGGUGGUUGCCUUGUGGGAUGCACCGCUGGAUUUCUCAAUGUCCCAAAAAUUAAAGGGACGCAUUACGCCAUGAAAUCUGGAAUGUUAGCUGCUGAAUCAGCUUUUGAGUGUCUUACCUCCGACCUGAAAUCACCCACUGUAGGAUUGGAACCUACAUCUUAUGAAGCAAAAAUUAAAAACAGCUGGAUCUGGUCCGAUUUAAAAGCUGUGAGAAACGUACGCCCUUCUUUCCAUACAUCUUUGGGAUUGUACGGUGGCAUGGCUUAUAGCGGUUUCACAAUACUCUUGGGAGGAAGAGAACCCUGGACAUUGAAGCACGGCAAACCGGACCACAUGAGGCUCAAACCGGCAUCUCAGUGCAAACCUAUAACGUACCCCAAGCCGGAUGGUGCUCUCAGUUUCGAUCUUCUCUCCUCAGUCGCACUCACGGGGACAAAUCACGAAGGCGACCAACCUCCGCAUCUCACUCUUAAGGAUGACACAGUGCCUGUCAAACACAACCUGGAAGUUUACGACGGGCCUGAAGGAAGAUUUUGCCCUGCAGGUGUUUACGAAUUUGUACCUUUGGAAGAUGGCUCAGGACAACGAUUGCAAAUAAAUGCCCAGAAUUGCAUCCACUGCAAGACGUGUGAUAUCAAAGACCCAAGUCAAAAUAUUAACUGGGUCGUACCUGAAGGAGGCGGCGGACCAGCAUAUAACGGGAUGUGAAUCUGUGGUUUUUUUAAAUAACUGUUAUUUGUUUUAGGAUUGAAAUAUUAUAUAGUUGGUAUUCUUUAUUUUUUCAUAUAUUCAAAAUAUAUUUUUUUACAUACUUUCAUUUUAAAUUAAGCAAACAUUGGUUCAUUGUGAUAUGACGAUUGAUUAUUGUAUAUGUAGUUAUUUUAAUAAACAAAUUUGCAAUUUUUUAAACCCUUUUCUUUCAAUAAAUUAUGAACUUACAAAAGCUAUUGCAAACCAAGUUUGUUUUUUUUUAAUCUGCAUAUUACAUUUACAUUUAAAAAAGUAAAAUAAAAUUACACAACAGUGACUACUCCAACCACCUAGUUUAAAGGUGUGAUGUUGAACUUUGUUCUUAUAUUAAUAAAGAUAAAAAUUUCUGAGAUGUUUUUAGGCUGUUUUCAGAUUACGUAGUUUGUUGUAUACCAAUUGAAAAUACAAACAAAACAUCUUGCUCUUUA